GCCAAGUAAAAGACAGAGGAACUAAGCAAUUGCAUAAUCCAAUUGCUAAAGAGCUAUUGCCCUUUAAAUCAGUUAGGUAGAGCUUUUCAGAACCACUAUCAGAUAAAGGAGGCAUAUUGAAGUAUAUUGGCGCUGGCUUCUGGUUUCCCUCCACUCUCUUCCCUCUCUUUGUCCCUUUGGUUUUCAUCUCUUCGGAAAGGUCGCUGAGAUGGUUGAUCUGGCAGCCCAGGACAGUUGGGUUUGCCUUUUCCUAGCUGAGGCUGGUGGGUGGAGCAUAGAACACAGAGCCGGUAGCCCAAAAUACAAGUUUCUGAAAUGAGUUAGGAGAUUGGGAGAGAAACAGUGGGAACCGAGGGGAGGAAAAACAGCAAGGAACAACUCUUUCCACCAAGGGAGCAGCCUCAGUAGAAGGAAAGCUGUGGUGGGGUGGACGACCAGAAGAAGAGGCGGUCAGAUAGAUACGGUUGGACAAACAGCCGGCAAGGAAGAAGGCGAGUGCAGUAUGACAUUGAAGCCUCUGGAUUCAUCAGUCUGUUGGUGUCUCUGAAUUUCCAGUUAACAAGUUAGAAGAUCACAAGCACAGCCAAGGAGGAGGGCACUCAGUAGCCUCAAAAUUUGCCCAGAGGAUGUUCUGCACCAAGCUGAAAGAUCUUAAGAUUACUGGAGAGUGUCCUUUCUCUUUACUGACUCAAGGCCAUGUCUCAGAAGAACAUGAAGAGGAAGGUGCAGACAGAGCUGAUGGUUGUAAGGCAGCCCUACCUGUCUGCAAGGAAGUUACUGAGAAAGAUGUCCGUGCAAUCUUCUCAAGAAAGACCAGCCGAAGCCGAGUGUAUCUGCACACUUUAGCAGAGAGCAUUUGCAAACUGAUCUUCCCUGAGUAUGAAAGGCUGUAUCUUGCACUUCAGCGAACAUUGACAAAGCAUAAAAUACAAGAGAAGAGGAAAUCUUUGGAAAAAGAGGAUUUUGAAAAAUUCAUUAUUGAUCAAGCAAAUGCAGCAGGUGUUCCAGAAGAUAUUAUCAAAGAAUCUCUGGGUGAAGAACUCUUCAGAAUAUGCUAUGAGGAAGAUGAGCACAUCCUAGGUGUGGUUGGAGGGACUCUCAAGGAUUUCUUGAACAGUUUCAGCACCCUUCUGAAGCAAAGCAGCCAUUGCCAAGGAGCUGAAAAGAAGGCUCGACUUGAGGAGGUCUCCAUACUCUGCUUGGAGAAAGACCCUGAUGUCUUAAAUGUUUACUAUUUCUUCCCUAAGAAGACAACUACUUUAAUUCUUCCAGGCAUCAUUAAGGCUGCUGCUCAUGUACUAUAUGAAACUGAAGUGGAUGUGACCCUGGUGCCUCCCUGCUUCCGUAAUGAUUGUAAUGAGUUUGUGAAUCAGCCCUACUUGUUAUAUUCUGUCCAAGUGAAAAGCAGCAAACCUUCACUAUCUCCUUGCAAACCUCAGUCCUCCUUGGUGAUUCCAACCUCUCUCUUCUGUAAAACUUUUCCUUUUCAUUUCAUGUUUGACAAAGACAUGGCCAUUCUACAGUUUGGCAAUGGCAUCCGGAGGCUGCUGAACAGGAGGGACAUUCAAGGAAAACCUAACUUUGAAGAAUAUUUUGAAAUCCUUACCCCCAAAAUCAACUACACAUUUAGUGGUAUCAUGACCAUGUUGAACAUGCAAUUUGUCAUAAGAGUGAGAAGAGGAGACAACUCUAUCAAGAAAUCUUCAGGGGUUAUGGAUCUCAAAGGUCAAAUGAUUUACAUCAUUGAAUCUAGCGCCAUCUUGUUCUUGGGGUCACCCUGUGUGGAUCGGUUAGAGGAUUUUACAGGCCGUGGGCUCUACCUCUCAGAUAUCCCAAUCCAUAAUGCCCUGAGGGAUGUGGUCCUGAUAGGGGAACAAGCUCGAGCCCAAGAUGGGCUGAAGAAGAGGUUAGGCAAACUCAAAGCCACUCUGGAGCAAGCACACCAAGCCCUUGAGGAGGAAAAGAAGAAGACAGUUGAUCUCUUGUGUUCCAUCUUUCCAGGUGAAGUUGCUCAGCAACUGUGGCAGGGACAGGUUGUACAAGCCAAGAAAUUCACCCAUGUCACCAUGCUUUUCUCUGACAUUGUUGGAUUUACAGCCAUCUGUUCCCAGUGCUCCCCAAUGCAGGUCAUCACCACGCUCAAUGAACUCUACACUCGCUUUGACUACCAGUGUGGAGAGCUGGAUGUCUACAAGGUGGAGACAAUUGGAGAUGCAUAUUGUGUAGCUGGAGGCUUGCACAAAGAAAGUGAAACACAUGCUGUCCAAAUUGCCCUUAUGUCCUUGAAGAUGAUGGAGCUAUCAGAUGAAGUCAUGUCUCCACAUGGAGAACCUAUCAAGAUGCGUAUUGGCUUACAUUCUGGUUCUGUCUUUGCUGGAGUUGUUGGAGUGAAAAUGCCCCGUUACUGCCUCUUUGGAAACAACGUCACCCUGGCAAACAAAUUUGAGUCCUGCAGUGUUCCACGGAAGAUCAAUGUCAGUCCAACAACUUACAGAUUACUCAAGGGAUGCCCUGGGUUUGUGUUUACUCCUCGUUCAAGAGAAGAGCUGCCUCCCAACUUCCCCAAGGAAAUUCCUGGAAUUUGUCACUUCCUGGAUGCUUACAUACAAGGAUCAAAUCCAAAGGCAUACUGCCCAAAAAGAGAUAUUGAAGAUAGCAAUGCUAACUUUCUGGGCAAAGCAUCAGGCAUAGAUUAAAUUAUAUCUUCACCAGUUCUAUCAAUAUUUGGGAGUUUGAAUCCAAUGAGGAUGUAUGAAGCGUCAGAAAGCACUUUAGGAUUACUGAUGCCUGAAAGCCAGUAUUGCUGAUUCAGGAGCUAGGUCCCCUAAGACUUGUUAUUUGUCUUUUAAAUGGCAGAUUCUAUUUACCAAAAUAAUAUUUCAACUCUUCUCUUUUAAUAUUAUAUCUCUUGAGGUACCUUUUCUUUUCUGUGACAGAUCAUGUUAUAUAAGUCACUUCAAAUCAAUCUGUACUAAGAAGUCCAGACCCACUGUACAUAACAUCAGAAAAGUUGAAUGUAUUGUACCAAGAGACAGAUUUGCCUGCAGUACUGUUUCUUGCUUGAGUACCAAUCCUGUUUAAAAUGCAAUAUUCACAUUGUUUGUUGCUAAGAACAAAGUGACAAAAAGUUGUUGUCCCAAUUAUUAGUUUUUAAAACUCACUGCAUGUUAUUAUCUAAACUCUGACACUACCUGUGUGUUACUUGACCUCCUAAGGUUGUUGUGAGGUCAAAAUUUGAUAUUUGUAAAGCACUUCAGGAAAUGUAUUACAUGUUUUCAUUGUGACUGCCAAUAUAUAGCAAAAUAGGCCAAGUGUUUUUCUGUCAAGUCCUCCUAUUUUAAGAAAAUAAGAAAGUAUGGGUCACAUAUUAUAUAAUCACAAACUAGAUUCAAAGUAACACUGAAAUACUAUUUUUAGUUCAUGAAGCUUUUUUAAAAAAAACAUUUUUUCAUAGUAGCAUGUAUCAUAGCAAUAAAUGUUAUCUUCUUUUCAUGUAUUCUUCUUCAUGAUAAAAACUUUCCAUGACAUAGACAUAUGAACAAAGUGUUCAGGUGAACACAGGAUAUAAAUUUACAUUUAUUAGGGAUUGUAUUUUUUUUGGUAAUGUAAUACUCUUUAUUUGAUCACUAUAGUUUAAGCAGAAAUAAAAUAGGAUUGAAGGGAGAUAGAAACUUGAUCUGUUAUUUCAUUGAUAUGGAGAAUCCUCAGAAGAGAAGCUCCCUACUAGUAAAGAUUAGUGUCUUGUUUCCUACUUACAUUCUUAGAGAGUUUCCCAGAAUACUAAGUUAAGCAACUGGUCCAGAGUUACAUAGCCAGUACAUGUCAGAGGCCUAACUUGACCCCAGGUCUUUCUGGGUCUAAUGACAGCUCUCCAUCUACUAUACCAUUUAAUAUACCAUACUGCCACUUGGGGUUAAAUGGAACACCCAAAAAAGGGAACCCCCUAUGCAGUUAUACAAGAGAGCAGUGCAACUUGGUCCUGAGCAAGUAGAAACUAUCCAUUGGCUUUUUAAAUGAAUAAGUAUACCUGUAGGGAAAAGCUAAUCUAUAUGAGUAGGAGAUGUUGGAUUUGUUUCUUUUAUUCUGUUUUUUGUUUUUAAAGAGAACAUAUUGACCAAUUUAUGGACAUGUACAAGUAUUAAGAAAAGCAUGAAUUUGCUAUGCUCUUCAGUGCUUGGGCAGAUAUGGUAGAUGGUACCAAAGAAAAUGAUCAACUAUGUAAAUAUCUUAGCUUUUUAGAGAUGGCAAGUUCUUUGAGUCCAAUUCCUUCAUUUUACAGAUGAGGAUAUUCAAUUUUCUUUUUUAAGAAAGGAAGUUUGUCCAAAAUUACCUAGCUAACAAGAAGCAGAGCCAAGACUUGAACCUAGGUCUAUUUGACUCCUUGUCUAUCAUGUGGCAUGUGACACCUGACUUCACCACUCUGAUUUUUUUAAUUUCAAUGUUGGCGUUUCAAAUAACCAUCCUUGUUGCUACUUUGAAAACCUGACAGUGUGAUCAUCAUUUUAAAAAGAACAACACUCAAGCAAGAGCAUAAUGCAAAGGAUGAAUUUUAAAUCAAGUGACUUUUAACAGAAGGUUCUAAACUGGUUGGGACCCAGUCAAAAUAGUUCCAUGUGCAAGUUUUUAAAUAAUUCCAUAUUGACAGGAAGAUGAAAAAGUUACUCUUGAUUGGCCUGGUUUGUCUUCAUGGUAUCAUUUACUACUUUACUAUGACUUAUUCUUUUAGGUCAUGAACAGUACUGCCAGACACCUACUCUCUUACUUGGAAGUGCCUUUGGCACUAGAGGGGGAGGGGGCUUCAUUCUGUUGCAAUUUUGAUAUCAUAUAUUUUUAUUUUCUUAUUUUUAGUUUUCUUUCUCUUUUUAAACCAUAAAAGUAUAUUAUUAUUUUCCAGUUACAUGUAAAGAUAGUUUUCAACAUUUGUUUUCAUAUUUUU